UUCUUCUGCUCCUCUUCUCCCCCCCCACAGAGGACACCGAGGAGCCUUCAUAGCCGUGAGGACCAGAACACAUCUGACACAAUGGUGAAGAUCGGAAUCAACGGAUUUGGGCGCAUCGGCCGCCUGGUGACCCGCGCCGCCGCCUCAGGAGGCAAAGUGGAGGUGGUGGCCAUCAAUGACCCCUUCAUUGAUCUGGAAUACAUGGUCUACAUGUUCAAGUACGACUCCACCCACGGCGUGUGGAAGCACGGCGAGGUGAAGGCCGACGGCGGCAAGCUGGUCAUCGGCAGCAUGCACAUCACCGUGUUCCACGAGAAGGACCCCGCCAACAUCAAGUGGGGCGACGCCGGCGCCGACUACGUGGUGGAGUCCACCGGCGUUUUCACCACCAUCGAGAAGGCCUCCGCUCACCUGAAGGGCGGCGCCAAGAGGGUGGUGAUCUCCGCCCCCAGCGCUGACGCUCCCAUGUUCGUCAUGGGCGUCAACCACGAGAAGUACGAAAAUUCCAUGAAGGUCGUGAGCAACGCUUCCUGCACCACAAACUGCCUGGCUCCCAUCGCCAAGGUCGUCAAUGACAACUUUGUCAUCGUUGAGGGUCUCAUGAGCACCGUGCACGCCAUCACCGCCACGCAGAAGACCGUCGACGGCCCCUCCGGGAAGCUGUGGCGGGACGGGCGCGGCGCCUCCCAGAACAUCAUCCCCGCCUCCACCGGCGCCGCCAAGGCCGUCGGCAAGGUGGUCCCCGAGCUCAACGGUAAACUGACCGGCAUGGCCUUCCGUGUCCCCACCCCCAACGUCUCCGUGGUCGACCUGACCGUCCGCCUGGAGAAGCCAGCCAAGUACGACGACAUCAAGAAGGUGAUCAAGGCCGCCGCCGAGGGACCCAUGAAGGGCAUUCUGGGAUACACAGAGGACCAGGUCGUUUCCACCGACUUCAACGGCGACACUCGCUCCUCCAUCUUCGACGCCGGCGCCGGCAUCGCCCUCAACGACCACUUCGUCAAGCUGGUUUCAUGGUACGACAACGAGUUCGGCUACAGCCACCGCGUGUGCGACCUGAUGCUGCACAUGUUCUCCAAGGAGUGAAGACCCUCCGGAGCUCCUCCGCCUCCUUCCCAUGAUUCCCCUCUUCCCUCACACGCCAUCUGCCCGCCCCCCCUCCCGCCCCCACAGGAGCGUCACCAUCCCGCACGGCGAAAUGCAAAUAUAUUCUGAUCAUGCCGUCUUUUAAAGAAGUGCGUGAGCUCCAUCCAGUGGGGGGGGGGGGCAGUUGGCGGUGUUUGGAGAGAUUUUCCAUCUCUAACUGUGUUGUACUGAAUGAUCUGGUUGCUCUAAACGUGCACACUGGCUCCUUUGCACUUGAUAAUAAAGUACUCUAGUUUGUGGAAA